AUGCCCCCGGCUCCGACUUCUCCUGAUCCAGAGGCGGAGGCGCAACCCGCCAAACUCGACACCCCUCGCGCCGGGCAUGGCCGCCAGCCCUCUCUGUCGAUACAGUCGAAGAUGCGCUCGUCUUCUUUCCGCAAGACAUCUGUGUCACAAGGAAGCGUUUCCCCUUCACCAUCAUCCGCACUCAAGUCCCCGCCACAGUCUCUACCUCCUCUAACUGGGGACGGGGAAUCUGUGCACGAGGUGUUCCGGAAACAGUCGACGAAGAUCGAGGAGCUGGAGAAGGAGAACAAGCGUUUAGAGAAGGAAAUUGCUGAUGCGACGACUCGCUGGCGCAAAACCGAAGAACAGGUGGAGGAUCUACGUGAGGCUAGCGUCGAUAGCGUGGAGCUACGAGAGAAAUUGAAGCAGGCAGAGGAGAAGGUGGCGGAUGUCGAAAGGAGGAGAUUGCAUCUCUUCAACGGCAGAAUUCCCAGCUUCAAUCUCGGUCACACCGAAAUAAUGCUGGACCUUCCAGAGUCCCCGCCGGCAGACUUGGUGCGCCAGCUUGAAUCCAAAUCGGAGACUAUCGAGGCGAUGGAAUUGGAGAUUUCCAAUCUACGCGCUCAGGUUACCGAUCAAUCCUCCUCCAACAGCGCCAACGAGACACAAGUAGCAGCACUAGAAGAGAAGGCAUCGCAGAGCAAGGCCGCACUGGAGAAAUCUGAGCGUGAAUUGGCUGAUACGAAGCAAGCCCUGACGCGUGCUUCAGAGAGGGCAGUGAAAGAAGGCGUGGACAAGACUUCCACCGAGACCCUGAUCAAAUCCCUGCAACGCGAAGUUGAAGACGGCAAAAGCGAAAAGAGCGAAGCAGACAAGAAGAUCGAAAAUCUGGAAAAGAAACUCCAGGCAAUCGGCAACCUGCACAAAGAAACCGAAACCCGGCACCAAACCCGCCUACGCGAGAGCGAAAAGGCAGAGAAAGAGACAGCCGUGCUCCGUAAGAAACUCUCCAGCAUCGAGAACGAGAACCUCCGCCUCCGAGAAGAGCGUGACCGCAUCAAGAAGCGCGAAGCAGGUGGCGGUGCCGACGACGAGGCCCUCGACGAGCUGGAGGACGAAGAGCGUCAAAGGUUGGAGCGCCGCAUCCGCGAGCUGGAAGGCGAGAACUUCGAUCUACGCCGCGGAGUCUGGCAAGAGAAGCGCCAGGAACUAGCCGGACAAGGUUUCCCUGAAGAAGGCGCCGAAUCGGUCGUCGAUGCCGGUGCCAACGCCUUUGACGACGUGGAUCUCGUCGGUGGUCGUCCUGAUCACGCCCGUCGUCGCAGCAUGGCUUUGCAGCAGCAACAGCACCACUCAACUUUCUCCACAGUCCUAUCAAGUGGCUUUGCCGCUUUUACCGGCGGUAACCAGAACAACCGCUCCCGAGCUGGCUCGUCAAACCCGCCACAUCCUCAUGCGCCUGCUACGCGAGGCAGUCUCGAGCUACUCUCCGAGGAGAAUCUAGACGAUGAGUUUGAAUUCGACGAGGCAGAGUUUGCGCGCGCGCAGGCUGAAGAAGAGGCUCGCAAGCGCGUGGAGUGGGUAAGGGAGAUCAAGCGCAAACUGCGCGACUGGAAUGGGUGGCGGUUGGAUCUAGUUGAUAGUCGAGCUGGGGCUGAGGGAGCGGGGGUGGGAAUGGGGGAGAUCUUUGAGGUUUAG